GUAUUUAAUUUUUACUUUUCAUUUAAUACAAUUGAAGGUGAAGUAGUACUGAAGAAAUUGUUGAAGUUCAGAUAAUUGUUUCUUUACCGAAAAGAUCUUAAAACAGUGUCUCCAAAGGCCUCCAAAACAGUGAUCUUCACCUGGGGGUGGGGACGUUUGUGGCUGUCACAACAGUGGCACCUCUGAAUGUUACUGGCUUCUAGUGAAUACAGGUUGGCUGAUCAUCCUACAGUAUGCAGGACAGCCCCUCACAAAGAAUGAUCUAGCCCAAAAUGUCCAGAGUGGCAAGGUUGAGAAGGGUAAGAAAAUAAAAAAAAAAAACAAAAAAAACCCACCUUAAAACCAUUAGGAAGAUGAAAUCAUAUUUUAAGUCAGGUGCAGUUUUAGACCAUUUUGCUUGGGCUUCUAUAAUGAAAGAUGAGAUGGCUCACUUCACUAUCGUUUCUCCUUCCUCAACAGAAAGAUCUGGAGGUGGCAUGAGUUAUUUUUACCAUGUCAGCAGCAUACCACUUACAGUCCUGCAACCAUCGCCCCCCGGGGGAGCUAUCCAGUUUGGGAAGAUUUCAUAAACAAAGCAGGAAAGCUACAGUCCCAGCUUCGGACGACAGUGGUGGCGGCAGCUGCCUUCUUGGAUGCCUUUCAGAAAGUGGCUGACAUGGCCACCAGCACGCGUGGUGGUACCAGAGAGAUUGGCUCUGCCCUGACCCGGAUGUGCAUGAGGCAUAGAAGCAUAGAAACCAAGCUGCGGCAGUUUUCGAGUGCUCUGAUUGACUGUCUGAUAAACCCACUGCAAGAACAGAUGGAAGAAUGGAAGAAAGUAGCGAACCAGCUGGAUAAAGACCACGCAAAAGAGUAUAAAAAAGCUCGCCAAGAGAUAAAAAAGAAGUCCUCAGAUACACUAAAACUGCAGAAGAAAGCAAAAAAAGUGGACGCUCUCGGGAGAGGUGAUAUCCAGCCUCAGCUGGACAGCGCCCUCCAAGAUGUCAACGAUAAGUAUCUCCUGUUGGAAGAAACAGAAAAGCAGGCAGUCCGGAAGGCUUUGAUUGAAGAACGGGGCCGCUUCUGCACCUUCAUCUCUAUGCUGCGACCCGUGAUUGAAGAAGAAAUCUCAAUGCUAGGGGAAAUAACUCACCUUCAGACCAUAUCAGAGGAUCUGAAGAGCCUGACCAUGGACCCUCACAAACUGCCCUCUUCAAGUGAACAGGUGAUUUUGGACUUGAAAGGUUCUGAUUACAGUUGGUCGUACCAGACACCACCCUCUUCCCCCAGUACCACCAUGUCCCGAAAGUCAAGUGUCUGCAGCAGCCUGAACAGCGUCAACAGCAGCGACUCACGGUCCAGCGGCUCCCACUCUCAUUCUCCCAGCUCACAUUACCGCUGCCGCAGCUCCAACCUGACCCAGCAGGCACCCGUGCGGCUGUCCAGCGUGUCCUCCCAUGACUCGGGAUUCAUAUCCCAGGACGCCUUCCAGUCCAAGUCACCGUCCCCCAUGCCGCCAGAGGCUCCCAGCCAGAACUCAUCCAGCUCGGCCUCUUCUGAAGCCUCCGAAACCUGCCAGUCAGUGAGCGAGUGCAGCUCACCCACCUCGGUCAGCUCAGGCUCCACCAUGGGCGCCUGGGCUUCCGCAGAGAAGUUGUCUAACGGGUUUUCUCACUAUAGUUUAUCAAGUGAGUCCCGUGUGGGGCCCGUGGGGGCAAGCCUUUCCCCUCAUUGCCUGCCUGCCUCCCGCCUGCUCCCUCGGGUCACCUCUGUCCACCUUCCAGACUACGCUCAUUAUUACACCAUUGGGCCCGGCAUGUUCCCGUCAUCUCAGAUCCCUAGCUGGAAGGACUGGGCCAAGCCAGGACCUUACGAUCAGCCUCUGGUGAACACCCUGCAGCGCCGCAAGGAGAAGCGGGAGCCGGACCCCAGCGGAGGAGGACCCGCUGCUGCGGGCGGUGCACCUGCCACUGGCGAGGAAGCUCAGAGACCACGGAGCAUGACUGUGUCAGCUCCCGCCAGGCCUGGUGAAGAGAUGGAGGCUUGUGAGGAACUGGCACUGGCCCUGUCCCGGGGCCUCCAGCUUGACACCCAGAGGAGCAGCCGGGACUCACUUCAGUGCUCUAGCGGCUACAGCACGCAGACUACCACCCCGUGCUGCUCCGAGGACACCAUCCCCUCCCAAGUUUCAGAUUAUGAUUAUUUCUCUGUAAGCGGCGACCAGGAGGCAGAUCAGCAGGAAUUUGACAAAUCCUCCACCAUUCCAAGAAACAGUGACAUCAGCCAGUCCUACCGACGGAUGUUCCAAGCCAAGCGCCCGGCCUCAACGGCUGGCCUCCCUACUACCCUUGGUCCUGCUAUGGUCACCCCAGGGGUUGCAACCAUUCGACGGACCCCUUCCACCAAGCCUUCUGUCCGCCGGGGGACCAUCGGAGGUGGUCCCAUCCCCAUCAAGACGCCUGUGGUCCCUGUCAAGACCCCAACUGUCCCAGACCUCCCUGGGGUAUUGCCAACCCCUCCAGAUGGGCCAGAGGACCGGGCUGAGAACAGCCCCGAGUCACCCUCUGUGGGUGAGGGCCCCCAGGGUGUCACCAGCAUGCCCUCCUCAAUGUGGAGUGGCCAAGCCUCCGUCAACCCUCCUCUUCCAGGCCCAAAGCCAAGUAUCCCUGAGGAGCACAGACAGGCGAUUCCAGAAAGUGAGGCUGAAGACCAGGAAAGGGAUCCCUCAAGUGCCACUGCCUCCCCAAGCCAGAUUCCAGAGAGCGACCCUGCAGACCUGAGCCCAAGAGAUCCUGUGCAAGGAGAAGACAUGCUGAACGCCAUCCGCAGGGGUGUGAAACUGAAGAAGACCAUGACAAAUGACCGCUCAGCCCCUCGCUUCUCUUAAGCUCUUAGGCCCACAAGAAGUGCUGCCAGUGGGGAAUGAACUGGUUAAUUAAUAAAACCUAAUUUGUCUUGAUCCAUUCCAAUCUGUAAUCAAACAAAAGAUUUUGUAGGCAACUCAGAAUACAGCUCUUUUCAAAGUACUCAACACCUUUAGAUAAGAAUUAAAAGCAACAUGUAAGUGACAUACCUUGAUCUUUUAAUUUGUAAAUACUGACAAUUUUCUUUCUUCACAUUUUAAUCUUAGUUCCCUUUUGAUUUUUUCUCAAGGUGCCAAAUCCCAUUUAACUUUUUUACAAGUCUUUGUAAAAUUUUAAAUGCCUAAGUGGGGUGGGGGGUGGGAGUGGUAGGGGCAGGGGAACCACGAAGUAGUUAAUUUCAGAAAAAAGUUUAUGUAUUUAGCUUUUUCUUUUCUCUAUUAUUCUGCAACUUUUGUAGAUGUAUUGUAGUAGUCUGGCUUAGAAGCAAAUUCAAGUUAUUUUAAUGUACAAUGUAUAAGGGGUGUAAAAUCUUCAUUUAAAUAUACUAUGUUCUGUAUGAGAAAAGCAGGAGUAACAAUUGAGCAAUAUUCAGAGUGAAGUAAGUCUGGAAAUGGUAGACUGUUGGGAUUGGGGGGAGGGCCGUGGGAGGGGCACAUUGUCAACAUAGCCAAUCCUGUUACAUUUAAGAGUAGCCUUGUAGGUUGAAUUUCUAGUAGCUUCAUGGUAAAUGCAUCUGAAUAAGCCAUACUGGACUGCAGUGUUUGUUUCUGUAGGGUGUUUAAGGAAUUCCUUUCUCCCACAAUUCCUCUUGACUGCACACACCACCCCUCCAAUCCCAGCAUGCUGCUGCCACCAGGUAGACAUAGAAUCCCCCACUUCAGUUACUCGUCUGUUGAACCCACUUUCAUCUAAUCCAAAUACAUCCAAAAGGGUAAGGCAGUUUUAAAAAUGUGAGGACAUUUUAAGUAAUAGCAGGGACUUCUUAGAUACAGCAAAUGCCUUUUACUUAACUGCCCAGCAGGCUGGGCACAUUGAAAAGCCCAAAUAUUUUGAAAAAACUUGAGCAAAUUUAACAAGGGUAACCAACUUUGGAGUCUAGCAACUUGCCAAUGUGUUUACCAAUCUGGGGGCUUGUUUUUCUUACCUUCUUUUUAAAUCAAUGGCAGUUAAUUGGCUUCAUACUAAACAUUGAAGAGAGAUUUGUUGUCACUGGGAAUCUGUUCCACCACUAUACUGUUCCUUUUUUUGUUCUCUAGGUAAUGUUUUUUGGAAUGGAUUUAUGUUUUUUUCUGUUCAAUUUGUUCUAAUGCCUGUCCCCUAAAGCCAACAGAGACUUGUAGAUUUAAUGGGAUCAUGUAUGGAGAAGAGUGUCUGAAAGAGCAAGCAAGCAAGCCCCUCACUAUUCGGGUUAGUUUAAAGGACUCCUUUGUGAUGGAACCUCUUGAGUAGGAGCUUGGUGGGUCCCACAGACCCUGCAGAUUUCUGUUGGCUGUAAUCUUCAAUUACAUAAUCUUAUGCUUUAAUACAUAACUGCAUUGGAUGUAACAUACCUGUAUAGCCAUUCUUCUAUAUAUUAACAUUUAACACUGCUGUGAUUGAUUGAUUGCUCAAGGGCUUCUUAUGUUAUGGCUUUAAAGCAAAGGCAUGAUUAUUAGAAACUAAGCUUUUCUUCUUUGAAAAACAAGCUCCUUUUACAGAAUAUAAGCAACAGUAGUGCCUGUGGUUUAGCCCACCAAUCUUUAUGACUAAGAGUAGCUGAUGCAUUGUGCAUAUGAUGCUUGAGAUGGUUUUUGCAAAAGCAGAAAUCACUGCAAAGUAAGUACAAUAGAUAAAAGUGGUAUUUUAAACCUUUGAAAUAAAUGGAUGUAACUGUACCUUGGUACAGCUUUUCACUUGUUUAGUUUUUAAACGUUAGAAUAAUCUGAAUAAAUAUAAUAUAAAAUGUUGCCAAAUUCAAUGUAGAAAGAAUGUGACAAACACCUUGGGUAGUUCUGUUUGUGUUUUUGCAUAUUGUAAAAGCAGUGUCACAGCGAAAAAUAGUUUCUAAAGGUAAAUUAUUGUGAUUUAGUUGCUAGUUUGUACUAAGAGUUGACCUCUCCCUGUGCAGUUUUUUGUUCUAAACUUGUAAAAAAUACAACAGUUGUGUAACUUGUCUCCUUUCUACCCUGUAACAAUUGCUUCAGCCUACAUUAUAAAUAAAGAACCACUAGAAAAAAAA